GCCACCAACCUGGAGCUGCAGGAGGGGCCCGGGAACACCGCUGGGAACUGCAGCGGGUCAACAUGGGUGCCCCGGGGGGACUACGUGGCCUCGAACACGGACGAGUGCACGGCCACGCUCAUGUUCGCCGUGAGCCUCAAGCAGGCGGGGACCGUCACCUUCGAGUACCUGUACCCCGACAGCAGCAUCGUCUUCGAGUUCUUCGUGCAGAAUGACCAGUGCCAGCCCACGGUGGAGGAAUCCCGGUGGAUGAGAACGACGGAGAAGGGCUGGGAAUUCCACAGCGUGGAGCUGAGCCGCGGGAACAACGUGCUGUACUGGCGCACCACCGCCUUCUCCGUGUGGUCCAAGGCGCCCAAACCGGUGCUGGUGAGGAACAUCGGCAUCACAGGGGUCGCGUUCACCUCCGAGUGCUUCCCCUGCAAGCCCGGCACGUUCGCCCCCGCGCCCGGUGCCGCCUCCUGCCAGCCCUGCCCCGCCGACACCUUCUCCGGGAAAGGGGCCACCGCCUGCCAGCCCUGCGAGCCCGACUCCUACGCCGAGCCUGGCUCGGGGUCCUGCAAACCGCGUCCCCCCUGCACGGACAAGGAUUUCUUCUACACCCACACGGCCUGUGACGCCGGCGGGGAGACGCAGCUGAUGUACAAGUGGGCAGAGCCCAAGAUCUGCAGCGAGGAGCUGCCGCGGGCGACCCGGCUGCCGCCCUCGGGGGGCAGGUCGCGGUGCCCCCCCUGCAACCCCGGCUUUGCCAAGGGCGCCGGGGGCUCCUGCCAGCCCUGUCCCCGCGGCUCCUUCUCCAACGGCUCCGCCUGCUUGUCGUGCCCGCCGGGCACGGAGCCCGCGCUGGGCCUGGAGUACAAGUGGUGGAACGUGCUGCCCCCCAACAUGGAGACCACCGUGCUCAGCGGCAUCAGCUUCGAGUACAAGGGCGUCGCAGGCUGGGAGGUAGCCGGGGACUUCAUCUACACGGCGGCCGGAGCCUCCGACAGCGACUUCAUGAUCCUCACACUGGUGGUGCCGGGCUUCAGCCCUCCCAGCCCGGUGCUGGAGGACACAGAGAGCCGGGAGGUGGGAAGGAUCACCUUCGUGUUCGAGACUGUCUGCAGCGUGGGCUGCGAGCUCUACUUCAUGGUGGGUGUGAACUCCCGCGCCACCAGCCCGGUGGAGACCUGGAGGGGCUCCACGGGCCGACGGUCCUACACGUACGUGGUGCAGCACAAUGGCACCCUGAGCUUCACUUGGGCCUUCCAGCGCACCCCCUACCACCAGCCGGGCCGGCGCUACACGGGUGAUGUGGCCAAGCUGUACAGCAUCAAUGUCACCAACGUGCUGGGGGGGGUGGCCUCCUUCUGCCGCCGCUGUGCCCCUCAGCCCACAGGCCCCUGUGCCCCCUGCCCCCCCGGCAGUGCCCUGGACCCCACGGGGACCUGCCAGCCCUGCCCCCCCGGCACUGUCCUGCGGGGACCCCCCUCGGGAGGGACCCCCUCGUGCCACCCCUGCGGGCCUGGCACUCGCAGCAACCAGCUGCGCUCCUUGUGCUACAACAACUGCAGUCUGUCCCUGUCCCUGCCUGGCCGGACGCUGCUCUAUGAGUUCCCUGCGCUGGGCAUGGGGCUGGGAGUGGGCACUGGGCCCAGCUUCACCCCCAAGGGGCGGCGCUACAGCCACCGCUUCCAGCUCAGCCCCUGCGGCCACCAGGGCAGGAAGAAGGCCUCGUGUGCUGACUCGGUGCCGCAGGGCCGGGGGGGGGCCCCCGGCCGCCGGGUGACAUCCUACGUGUGCCAGGCCAUCGUUGUGCCCCCCGACAGCGCCGGGGCCCGCGGGGCUGUGUCCUCCCAGCCCGUGAGCCUGGGGGACACCCUGCUGGGUGAGAGACACCGGGAAUGGGACAUCGGGAAUGGGAAUGGGACACCCUGCUGGGUGAGAGAUACUGGGAAUGGGAUACCAGGAACAGCAUAUUGGGAAUGGGACACCCUGCUGGCUGUGGGACCGGGAAUGGGA